CUCAAAUUGUUGUCCAAUAUUUGCUCUAAUAAUAAACAGGAAAUACGGAUGAACUAUGGAAUAAUGGAUGUAAAUGUGAGCUGAAUUCAAUGUUUACCUUGAAGCGACUUGGCCAAUGCUUCAGUGUAAGUAAAUCUGUGCUAACUUUUCGCACUGCGAAGCUAAAUACAACUCUUCCGGAAGGUCUACGCGAAUUCUUCGAUGAUCCGGCUAAUUAUGGUAAGGAUGAACUUGAUGAGAAAAACAAGCCUGGUCGUUCGUGGAGCAAGGAUGAAUUAAGAUUGAAAUCAAGUUCUGAUCUUCAUAAAUUAUGGUACGUGCUGUUGAAGGAACGCAAUAUGUUGUUGACAAUGCAGGAAGCAUGCAUCCAGAAAGCGCGUCGUAUGCCCAACCCAGAUCGAAUUGAGAAAGUGGCUGAGAGCAUGUGUAAUCUGGAAUCAGUGGUACAUGAACGUAACGAUGCCUAUUUUCGCCUCGAAACAGGAGAUGGUGCAGACCCACCGAUGCGGACCGUCACGUCUUUUGCAGGCUUUACUUACCGGAAACAUGCCACUGAACAUCUUACUCUCCCGAAUGAACACAGUAAAAAAGAAUAUGAGAUACCUUAUCUCGACGAUGAUGCCUAUUUAAUGCAAAAAUUAUGGAUUGAAAAAGAACAUGCGAAGCAACGUGACACUUUAGAUGAUGAAGUGAGACGAAGGCGACUUACCAAAGAUCAAGUGAAACAUCGACGCUCAGCCCGCUCUUAUAUCAGUGACAUUACUCAGCUUAAAGAAGUGCAGAAACUUAUCUCGUAGUAUAAGUGUUGUAUUCAAUAUCGCAAUAAAUUUUGUUCCUUAUAGUCUUUGUUUCUCUACACGGUGCUAUUAAAUUCUGCGGCUGUGGAUAAUAAAACCUGGACAGAACCUAAAUUCGUU